GUCGAAAUGUCAGAGUUAAUUAGUUAAUAAACGUCAGAAAUGAAAUCAGGAAAAUAAUUUUAAUAAAUUUAAUUAUUUAACAUCUUUUUACACCUAACCCUCCGAUUUUGAGUUGUAUUCUAUGCAAUUUAAUGUCGACAUGUUUCCAUGCAGUUAAUAAUGUAUGAAAGAGCAUGACUGGAAAGGAGAACAGUAAACAUCCGCCUCUAUUAUGAAUGUGUACUACGCCCAUGAAAAACUAAAUAGAGAACCUGGAAUAUCAAGUGACUGCGACACGAUGGCUGAACUCGCUGCAUUAUUGCGAUCCGAUAUUCCAGAAGGACGAAGCAGUCUCUCAGAAAACCACACAAAUCUACAAAGAGUAGCUGAAUAUUGUGAGGCGAACUAUUUUCAAAAUGAUAACAAGCGAUUAGCCCUAGAAGAGACCAAGAAUUACACUACACAGUCUUUAGCGAGUGUAGCUUAUCAAAUAAAUACUCUGGCUUAUAACUUCUUGCAAUUACUUGAUUUACAGACUACUCAGCUGGCUGAGAUGGAGAGUCAGAUGAACCAUAUUUCGCAGACUGUUAUGAUACAUAAGGAGAAAGUAGCUAGAAGGGAAAUUGGGGUUUUGACUGCUAAUAAGAGUACCAAUAGACAAUAUAAAAUAAUUGCCCCUGCAAAUCCUGAAAAACCCAUUAAGUAUUUAAGGAAACCCAUAGAUUAUACUAUUUUUGAUGAUAUUGGCCAUGGGAUAAGAACUGGAGGGACACCCAGACAGAAGCAAAGAGGUUCCAGCCAAGGAAGUAUUCAUUCAUUAAAUUCAAUGCCAGGAAACCCUAUGGUUGGUCCUGCUCCCACAACUAAGCCACCUACCCCACCACAAGUAUCGAGAACAUCUAGUAAAGUGUCAGUAGUGUCUGGAGGAACAUUAAGUAAAGGAAGUCGGGAAUAUAGAACACCACCAGCUGUAGCACCACCACAGGUACCUAGCCAUUAUGCUCCCAAUUAUCCCAUUGGCCAUCCACGCCGUGCCAGUGAAAGAGGUUCAGGUUAUGGCACAUUGCCUAUGACUGGAGCUCAUCAGCCACAAGUAGGCAUGGUACAUCCUAUGACACAACAGCAACAGAUAGUACAACCUCAAACUCCGCCCCCACCUCCUCCCCCUGUUUCUGGAGGAUAUAUGCAAGAGCAGCAUUUGAGUAUGCCACCUCCUCCGUCCCCGCUAAUCAACACCCAAGAAAUGGUGCUGUCUUCGAACCAACAGCACCCAAUGAUGAUGGGCGGACACCAUGUUCCCGUUCCACAAGGUAGUCUGGGUAUGCACACGUUGUCCCACGCACAAGGGCAUCGUAUCUCCCAACAGUUAGCACAGAACUUCGGGCGACAGAACAGCGGCGCACAAUCACCUCCACUGCCGCCCCCACCACCACCAGAAGAUGAGCACGAAUCGUUCGGAAGACCACGCACUUCUGGCGUGAUGCCGAUCGUACCUGAUGAAGAGGAUUUACCUGGAUGGGUACCGAAGAAUUAUAUUGAGAAAGUUGUGGCCAUAUACGACUAUUAUGCCGAUAAGGAUGACGAGCUGAGUUUCCAAGAAAGCGCAGUCAUCUACGUCUUGAAGAAAAAUGACGAUGGGUGGUGGGAAGGAGUUAUGGAGGGCAUAACGGGACUCUUCCCGGGAAAUUAUGUGGAACCGUGCGUUUAGACUGCGAAUACGCUUCUUUUGUAAUAGACAAUAUGUGUAAUUUUUGUAGGUAUAUACAUUUAUAUAAGCCAAUUUUAUCUGCCUUAUUAUAAUUUUCUUUCAUGUAAAAACAAGAUGGUUGGUUAUAUGUGUAUAAGUUGGACAGGUUUCUUAUGCAUAUUUCAGGGCUUUUCGUAAAUAUACAUGAAUAUAAAAAACAACCGAGACAAAAUCUACCUGUAGACAGUUGUUAAUGGUGUCUGCAUUUUGCGAAAAUAUAUCAUACGUUUGUUCGUCAUCUUCCUCAAUCAUUAUCAUAAAAGUUUCUUCCAAAACUAGUACAAACUACCAAACUUUACACUCAAUAUAGAAAACAAGUCAUCAUUAAUAUAUUUAUUCUUUUGGAGAAGAAAUAUAUUUUUUAUUUUUGUUUUUUGCAGAAAUUUCAGCAGUAGGUAUUCUACAUUCCAAGAAAUCCUGAAAUAACGCUAAAAAUUUUUAAUAAGAAUUAUUUUAAUUCAUUGAUGUUACAAUGGACAAUUAUCUAGUAAUCUAGUGGAUGCACCCAGUGUACAAAUUGGACACACAUCCUUAUAUCUGGUGUACGAUGCUUGUUCAAUUGAAGCUCAUCUUUGGCCCAGAAAAAAAUUAUUGUUAAAUAUAUCUACAAAUAAUUUCCGCUACAAUGAAAACACAAAUCCUAUUGUUUCACCAACCGAUGUAUACCCUGCUUAAAGAAUUCUUGUGGCUGUUGGUCGAAGAAUUAUUUUACAGCAUUUUAUACUUCUUCGUCCGACUGAAAACGAUUAUCUUUCAGCGCUGUUUCCAGUGGCCCAAAGAGUUGAAAAUCACAAGGCGAUAGAUCGGGACUGUAGUAUGGAUGCUCUAAUAUCCGCAUCGCUUUCGUUAUAGAUUUCACUAAUUUGGCAACAUAAGGGCGAGCAUUGUCUUGCAAAAGCAUGACACCAUGUGAGAGCUUAUCUGAAUGUUUUCGUCGUAUUGCUUAAUAGCAACAUAGUAUAAGAUAAUAAUGACACCUAGAUUCGUCUCUAGCAAUUAUUGAUGAAAGGUUGUGUCUGUACUCCGUGAGAUGAUUUUUUGGACAAUUCCUACACACCUGUCCUGUCUUUUAACGCAUUACUCAAUGCACCUGGUCGCGGCUUCUCAUCCAUCUCUUGUCUUCCACUCUUAAAUUUUGAACACUAUUCCUUGACAGUUAUACAGUAUUGGAAAUCUUUUUUCGGGACACAUAGGAAUUUUCAAUUAGUCUAGUCUAGACUAGUCUUAAAAUAAGUAUUUUUCGAAGCUUUAUCGAUCGUAACUCAGCUUCUAUGAAUGCAAAUGAGCCUUAGAAGAUUUCAUUUUAAAGCUUAAUUAAUAGGCUUCCAAACACAGUUUGUUAAAUUACUUUAUCUUCAUUUGUUAUAAGUUAUACCCGUUUGAAGUUAUAAUUUUCUUAAAAAAAUUAUACUUUGAUUUGUUUAUAAGGGUUUCAAGCAAAUGUGAGCUAUAAACAUUUAUACUUUAGUAGUAAAGAAAAGAGAGACGUUCUCACAGACAAUUUAUUUUACAACUAACGACCGGUUUCGCUGUCUAUACUUUGCACAGCAUCUUCAGGUCCCGGUUAUAGUAAAAUUAAAUGCUACAAACAACAAAAAACCAGAGUUAGUUAAGUGGUCUGGGCCCGGAUUACGUACACUCGAUACGCAUCGUAUCCGCCAUGUUUUACCGUAGGGAGUGAUUACGAAACCUCUUUCCCUACGUUGUCGAUGCGAGUCAACUCGAAGGCACUGCUCGAUAUCGACGACCCUGUCGAGUUGCCAACUCGAACUAUCUAUCUCUCUCUGAUAGAUCUCUGAUCUCCUAUAACACUUUCUCUCUUGCCGGUCCAAGUAUAAAAAUUAAGAAAAGUGAAUACAUAACGACAUAACCUACUUACUUCAUAUUCAUACUUUGAUUUCUUCAAUUUAAAAAUAAUGUAAAUCGUUAAUCAAACGAUAUUUAGAUUAUACGAUUUUGAUAAUAAUUCUCAUGUUUUGAACAUUAAAAUAAUAUAUUGUAUAAAUCUCCCAGUGAGGUGUUAUUACACUCAUUACACUUACAGAAGUUCUCUUAUACUUAUUUCUAUUUUAAAAAGAUGUGAAGGAAACGUCCAUGGUUAAUUUUUAUCCUUGUAAUAUUUGCAGAGUAAGAUUUAAUGUCGAAAAGGUAAGAUAAGGAAUGCUCUGAGACAGAAUUCGAUGAAGGGAAUAUGUAGUUAGCAGUGGGCAGUGACCAUUACGAACUUUAGUAAUAUUUUUAUAUAACGUCUCCCAUCUUUCCCUGGCCAUUUAAUCUUUAAUAACGGUAAAAAGUCAUAAUUAAUCUCAAAUUGUACUCAAGUUCAAAAAUCAUAUAGUAUUUUUAUAUCUAGGUAUACGUUAUCACUGUAUCAUCCUUAGAAUAUAAAAUAAACGUUUAUAAUAAUUAAAUAUGUAAUAAAAACUUUAUUUUAUAUUGUAUUGUAAUAAUUAUUGAGGUUAAUGAGAGAAAUUCCUUGGCAUAUAACGUGCAAAGCAUUCCAUUUGUUCGAAAUAUUAUCCCGUAGGUUCAAAAAUACGAUAAUUGCCGAUCAUUUUCUGGCAGUCUACUCGAACCCAGUUCGUAAUCACUUUUUGGCUUCGAUACGUAUUCGCAUCGAGUUUGCCUACGGUUCGUUUUGCGAUCUCGCAUCGAGUGUUCGUAAUCCCGCCCCUGGUUUAAAUCAAAUGUUAAUGAUCAAGCCAAUAUCAAAGUACAUAUAUUUAUAUAUACACAUAAAUACCCACAUGUACGUACGUAUGGUGUGUAACCCUCAUACUCACAUACAUUCACGCAUUCAUAUGCAGUGGUAACAAAAGGAUGUCAAGUAUAAGAUAUAUACUUACUUUCCGGUAUAAGGGAAGAAUAUAGUAGUAGUCAAUAUCAUACUUUUUCUCUGCACUUUACUAAAAGGAGGGUUGGUAGAGGGAUAGAUUUGACUGUAAUAUAUUAACAAAACAUUGGCAGGAUCUUGAGGGGAUUAGUACGAAAACACGACAUUAAACCGAGAAAAACGAAAUUAGUUAUAUAUAAAGUGAUGUUAUUUUUUAUUAAUUGUAUAGAUUUUAUUGAUAUAGGGUUAUUAGAUGUUGUAUAGGAUGUUCAAGAACUUGUAGAUGUAAAAAUUGGGUGUGCAAUUUUUUAGAUAAGAUUGGUCGGAUAUGCAAUAGUUGUGAUCUGAUUGUGAAAAUUUGUUUGAUUUGUUUGAAAAAUUGAAAUUGUAAAAUUAGUAAUUUGCUAAAAUUUUUAUAUUAAAAGUGUCAAUCAAUAAAAUCAUUAAUAGCUAAUUCAGAAUUAAAGUCAAGUGUAUAGGUAAUGCAAUAGAUGAUAUAUUAAAUUUAUUGUAAUAUAAAGUUAUAAUUAUCUGUAGAGCAAUGAAACUUUAUGGAAUAUAACUAAAAAAGUUGAAAAAGUAAUAUAUGAAAAAAUAAUAUAUGAAAUAAUAUUUCAUUUAUGUUAAUAUCUGUUGAAUUUAAUAAAUAGUUGAGUAGGUUAAAAAUUAAUUUAAAAUUUUUGAAAACACCUGGUUGAGCUGAAUUAAAUUGUUUCUUUGUAAUGAUAAAAAUUUUUUUGUUUUAAAGUCGAUAAAUAACACAUAACAGAUUCUAGAACAAACACAAAGGAGAUGGACAUAACAGGAGUUUGGAAAAUUUUGAUAGGGAAAGCAAUCUGAGCACUACAUCUUUUCGAAAAUCGAAAAGAAAUAAGAUCUUCUAAGGCUCAUUUGCAUUCGUAAAAGCCGAGUUACGAUCAAUAAAGCUAAACGAAUUUCGUCACUUACUCGACUGAGCCGAUCUUGGGCCUCAUAUCGCGCCAUUAAAAUAUCGAUAUCUUGGCCAAAAAUACACUUACGAACAUUUUCAUAAGCUCAAAUUGUUCCUUUUGAGUUAUUCUAUCAUUAUUGUUAAUUAAAGUAUAAUUGUUUAUAGCUCAAAUUUGUUUAAAAUCCUUAUAAACAAAUUAAUGUUCAAUUCUUUUAAGAAAAUUAUAACUUCAAACGGGUAUAACUUUAAAACAAAUAAAGAUAAAGUAAUUUAACAAACUUUGUUUGGAAGCCUAUUAAUUAAGCUUUAAAAUGGAGAUCUUCUAAGACUCAUUUGCAUUCGUCGAAGCCGAGUUACGAUCGAUAAAGCUUCGAAAAAUAAUUAUUUUGCAAUUUGUAUUGUGCACUAAUUUUACAAUAUCUUGAGUUCUAAUUGUUGGAUUUAAGUUUAGUAAACGUUUUUUUCUUCGUUUUUAUUACAGAACAAAUUUUAUUUGAAACAUUUCUUUUAUCUCUUUUAGUUUAUGAGCCAGAGCCUUAUAAACAAUUAAUUUGUUUAUAACAAUUUUUUGACCACUCGGAUCGAAAUCCACCAUCGAAAUUCGUAAUCAGCAGCCAAAAAUCCAUAAGAAACCGUUGAGUUUGUCCAUCAGAAUUGAAAAGGACACGGUGGAUUCUGGAUUUACAAUUAACUAGUGUAAAUUUCAUGACAACGUCGCGAUGUUUCAUAUUUCAUUCAUUUGUUCGACUGCACCGAACUGAGAUCUCUGAUUUGCAAAUAACCAGUGUAAAUUUCAAUAUAACCUCGCGAUGAUUUAAAAUUAAUUAAUUUGUUCGACUGUAACCCCUUUACCGCUGGCUAUCGCACAAUUGAUGCAAUUCGAUGGGGCACCUCAGUUAGUGCAGUCGAACAAAUGAAUUAAAUAUGAAACUUCGCGACGUUGUCUUGAAAUUUACACUGGUUAAUUGCAAAUCCAGAAUAUAACUUAUUACAUUGAAAAUUCCUAUGUUCCGAAAAAAGAUUUAAAAUAAUGUGUACCCAAAGCAUGCGUUUCAAUACACUACUUGCAUUUGCGUAUUAAUUUGCAGUGGUUGCAAACCUUCAGCACGCUAAAAUUGCAUUGUCGCACCCUGAUUAUAUUUGAACGAAUUUUUAACAACAAACUCUAUUUUUAAGUCACAAUACUUAAAAUCACAUUCGAACAUAAAUAUAGAUGAAAAGUGAUCAGUGUGAUGUUACAAACUAACAUUGUAGAACGUCAGUUCAGUGAUUAAAAUUGCUUCCAAGGCUAAAGCUCUUUUCACAUCAACACGACAGUCGUGUAUACGAUGACGUUAAACGACAUCAAGGGUGAAAAGUAUACGGAGCUAUUCACACUAGUACGACGUGUGUCGUCUAAACGACACACGACAGUCGUGAGAUCGCGUAGGGAAGCUGUGACUUCCCACUGCAUUCAUCCGGCUGUCGUGUCGUUCGAACGACAUCGGAUACAGGGGUGGGCAAACUUUUUUUAGUAAGGGUCACAAAAUAUUUUUGGCCUAUUACCGAGGGCCGCAAUAUUUUUUACCUUAACAUGUUCGAAUUUUUAACUUUUUACUAAUUUUGUUUAAGGGGGGGCAUGGUUUGAAAUCAACAUUUCAAGCACCUUUGCUUGAAUUUUGUUUGAAAUUAUGGUAGAAUUAUUUUAUUUUUAAAUUAAAUAAACAUAUUCAGUACAAUUCAAAGAUUAUUAAAAAAAAUCAAGGCCAAAUAUUGGAAAAUAAGCCAACGGUGGCAAAUUUUUACAGGCAGCUCCAAAAAAAUGGAUUUUGCAGUAGAACUCGUCAAUGGAUCAUAUGAAACAAAAGAUUCAAAAAUAUUUUAUUAUCUUAUGAGUUUCUCGAGGUAACGCUGUUGAGUUUUUUAGUUUUAACGAUUUUUGAGUUUUUGAUAUCACUCAAAAUAUAAGUCAAAAUAACGAAAUUUUUGUAAAAAAGUGUGAAAAUCAACAUAUUUAUUAUUGUUAAUCAAAACAUAUCUCGACAGAGUUAACUCACGAAAUGUUUAAAGAAAAUCUAUGAAAAAUUUCAGGUGGAUCUGUCAAGUAGGUAGUUUUUGAGUUACAAUGUCGACCGCCUUUGAAAAAAGCAAUUUUGAGAAAAACGCGUUUGGUUUGACAACUUUUAUCUCUUUGUUUUUGUCUGUCAAAUCGUAAAGUGAUGCACGCCGGAAUAUGUUUUUGAAUCGCAGAGUAAUUUACAAAAGAGACGGGAACAGCUGUUGAACGUUUCUCUUCCGGUAAUUUUACUCCGGUCAAGCUGAAAAUUGUGGAGAGUAUUCUUGAAGUUUUUUUUAUUUAUUUAUCUAUGUACUUUCAUUUAAAAUAAUGAAAAAAUCAAACAUUUUAAAUGCUUCAAACCGUAUCCCUCUGCCCUAAACAGCAUUCACACUUUGUUUGUUGUUUGUUUGGGUUUAUAUGACUGCGGACACUAAAUCCAUUCGCCAAUAACAUUCACACUUAAUUAAGCAUGGUAUUUCCCUCUGUGUAUCUAUAUAUUUAUUUAUUUUUAUUUUAUCUACAUAUGAACCUAUUUUUCCCUAAUAUUGUUCUGAAGCUAUUUCCUUGUGACAUCUUAUGCAAUUUACUAUUUUAUUUAAGAAUAAGCCACAAUUUAAGUUUAAAAUUAAAUUUAUUUGACGUUUAGAUUACCACUUCGGUAAUCGUAAUCAAAAUACAAAAUAUUACUUAAUUAAGCAUUUAUUUAAUUAGUUUAAUUUAUUAAUGUUUUGUAUUUUGAUAACGAUUUUCGAAGUGGAAAUGGAAACGUCAAAUAAAUUUAAUUUCAAACUUAAAUUUUGGUUUAUUCCCAAAUAAAAUAGUAAAUUCCAUUUUCACAUUGCUAUUAGUUACUUAAAUAUUUGAACAUGCAAACACGAAUCAUACGUAAUAUGCAACACGCGUCAUUUAUUAAACCAAAAUAAACAAAGUUACAAAUUUGAAAAAUCUUAGAUUCCCUUCAUUGCUUUUGUUUUCUUUGAAAGAAUUAAAUAAUAUACAAAUAUGCACGAUGAUUUAAUCCCAUUGAACGAAUAAUUAACAAUAAUAGUUAUAAUUGAAAUGACGUUGGCGUUGACUACUUACAAAAAAAGUUUGCACAAUACCUGCUCAUGGAUUAAGCAGUGAAAAAUAAUAACUGAUGUUCUGAAAAUUGUUCAUGGACGUAAUCCUCAAGUUUUCUCAAAAUUACAAUAUUUGCUCCUCUUAAAUAAUGGUGCUCCGUCAGUUGUUACACUUACUAGGUGGUUACCGCACUAAUUUAAAAUUUUCCAAACAGUUCCAGACUACUCCAAAAAUAUCGUUUCCAUUUGUUGAAAUUUCGUGGAUUUCAUUCAGGCAGCCGACAAAACUCUACCGGAAACCCAAAUAAUUGCCCGCGUUAUGUUGAAAAUUUGCGGAAAAAUCAAUCGCUGCGAAAGUGUUAUUUAUAUUAGCUGUGUUAAUAGCUGCAUUAUCUGUAUUUAUUUAAUAGUAUUAGCAAUACAUAAUUAAAAAAAAAUUAAAUUAAAAUAUUUCACUUUUUUCCGCGGGCCGCAAAAAAAUGUAUAAGGGGCCGCACUUUGCCCACCCCUGGAUAGAUGGUAGGCAAGACGAGGUAGUGGAGCUGUUCACAUCAAUCCGGCAGGUUGUGCAUACGACUAUUUUAUUAGUUUAGCGUACACAAGUGAAUUGAAUUUGAGUGGUUGGUAAUAUCCACAUUGAAAUGUUAAUAACCUUUGUAGCCUGGAUAUGUCAGAAUAACAUUUUUUUUAAAUAGUUAAAAACUCUUCUUGAUCUUGAUUUUUUUUUCUUUUACGGCCUUUGGGAACUUCGCCCAUUUAGCCAGCAACGCUUCUUGAAAGCGACGCCUCACCAUACACCAAGACCAUUACGAAUCCAUUACAAAAACAAUCCAGGGUAGGAGUAUUUGAUCUUGAUUUAAAUCAUUAAAGAGUACAUAAAAUGCCCCGGAAUAUUUUCUUAGCAUGUUGAUUCGAUGCAUCCAGUGCAACAUAUUUCUUCUCUGUCUUCAUUUUAAUCUUCUGUACAGCACUACCCAAAGUAGUAAGUCACUGCGAUCCAUAUUACUUCUAACUACGACACCAUCUUGUCAAAUGAGACUUCACAGACAGAGACCACACGACUGUCGGAACAAUGUCGUGUAGGUGUGAAAUGAGCCAAAUUUCUGCCGUUGUCGUGGACGACAUCGUAUACACGACUGUCGUGUUGAUGUAAAAAGAGCCUAACCUGACCAAAGAUGCGUUUCAAUUGAACAAGAUAUUUUCAAAUAAACUCUUUAAGGGGUUACAUAGUCUUGCGGGUAAAAAAAGUGACUUUUUAAAAAAAUUAUAUCUCGAAAACUAAAAAUUAUUUUUAUUUAUAAUUGGAACAUGUAAAAGUAUAGUACUUAAGGCACUCUCAAACAAAUUUUCAGCCAAAAUAUUCAUUUUUGUAGAGUUGACUGCAAUUUUUCGACAACAGACAUUUUUUGGCGGUGGGCAGCAUAACUAAGCCCAGUCUCAUCUGAAAUCAAAAAGUUUCUUGUAGUUUAUACCUCUGGCUAGUGAAUGAACGAAGGAAUUUUUAUUAGGUGAAGUUGUUUUUGUUUUAUAAAAAAACUACUUUAAAAGAGGAUCAUUUUUGAAAAAGUGAGAAAAAUUGGGGUCGAAAAUGUGUUUAAACUUAUGUAAAAUUUUCAAAUUUCAUUUUUUUUUUAAUUCCUUCGUUCAUUUAGUAGCCAGAGGUAUAAAUUACAAGAACUUUUUGAUUUCAGAUGAGACUGGACUUAGUUAUGCUGCCCACCGCAAAAAAAGGGCUGUUGUCGAAAAAUUGCAGUCAACUCUACAAAACUGAAUAUUUUGGGCUCAACAUUCUUUUGAGAGUACAAAAGUCACUUUUCUCCCCGCAAGACCUAUGUAACCCCUUAAUUGACGUUUCGCCCUUUGCAUCGGUCGUUUUUAAAGUAAAGUAAAAUACCAAAUAUCGAAGGCAAAACAAAUAAAGAAUUUAUUUUUUCAUUAUGCUGUAGUUCCUAACGACAUCGUAACCAAACAUGUCACCAAGGAAACGGUCUCAGAGUGCUCUCAAGGUAGCAAUGUUCCAUGGCGUUCUUAAUUAGAUCUAAUGAGUUAAAAAUAAAUAUUGGAGCAGCCUUCCCAUAUGAAAAAUGUCGAAUUUAAAACAACGUAGAAAUAGAUUCCUAGAACUUUUUUGUACAACUGUAUGCUCGACCUAAAUAGUAAAGAUAUGUACUCUUUUGGUAGGUAAAUUAUAUCUGUCCUUUUUAUAUUAACCAUCAUCCAUAACGAAUUUAUUUAAUAAUUAAUAGUAUAAAACUGUAGGUAGUAUAUUGAAUUCCAACUGUAGAGGUGUAACUUUAUUGUUAUAUUUAUUCACUCUUUAUAACCAGUAUACACACUGUGAAUAGGAGAAGUAGUUUUAUUCUAAAAACUUCUGUUAGUGCAUUUUUUUUAUUUCGUACUGCCAUUGUUUUGGAUUUCCUCGGUAGUAUUUAGUAUUCAGUUAUAAAUUCUUUUUAAAUGCACAGAUAUCUCGAUCUUUUUAAAUCUUUUAAAUUUUUAUGAUUAUAUUGUAGUCUUGAUUGAAAGUUUAGCAAUAAAUCAACUUUAAACAAACUUUAACAAGAAUACAACCACUACUAGUGGUUUUAACAGAAAAAUGUAAAUGUAGUCAGAAAUAUUCUAUAUUUUUAAUCAUUCAUUAAAUUUUUACAAUUAUUUCUCUAGGUCAGUGUGUGUAUGGUGUAUGAACAUUUUGCACAUAUUAUACAUAAUAUUAUUGAUUUAUCAAUCAUAUAGGAAAUUUUAUUUGAGCUUAGAUAGCAAUUAUACAAUAUUUUAUUUAUAGAAUAUUAAAUAAAAAAAAAAUAGUU